UAUUUUGGGAGUUACGCGGCUUUUACGACAUUUGACCUAGCGGUCAUCAAACUUUGAUCGUCUCGUUCUACUCCGUGAUAAAGGCUGGCGGUGUAGUGUUGUGCGCUUGUGUGUGUGUGUUCUCAAAUCUAGUCUCAUCUUGUAAAUGUGACAUUAUGAAAAAGAAACGGUCAGUGGCGACUGAAUUAGUUUCACGGGCUUCAUCUGUCCUACCAGCAUUUACAGAUAUCUUUGACGAGGAGACAUUCUACAUCUUUUUCGCUUGCCUUGUUGUCGUCUCUUUUGUUGUAGCCUUCGGUGUUGCAUGGUAUUUCGACGUGACAAUUAAAGAUGCAGAUGAUGCAAUGAAGACGAAUAAAAGAUCGAAACGCCGACCACCUGUUUCCACUACUAAUACUACUACUAAUAAUAAAAAUAAUAGUAGUCAUAGUAGCAACAAUGCUAGAUGA